AUGAUGAGGAUGUCAAUCGGUCUAGUGGCGUUGAUGGUAGCUCUCGAAUUGGCGUUUCACGUCGGUUAUGGAUCAGCUUCCCUUUCUACUGUUCCUGCUUUCCUCUGGUCUCCACAUCUCCAGUCUGCUGAUGGUGAGGCUGUAAAUUAUCAGGUCAUCUCUGCAAAGGAUCUUGUAGGUUCUGUUUUCACUCAAGGAAGGUGGUCUAAUUUUCUGUGCUCAGGGGAAAAAGCUCAGCAAGGUGUUGAUGUUGCAUUCGUGUUCAUUGGCAGAGAGCUAUUAUCUUCGGAUGUUUCUUCAAAUCAGAACUCGGAUCCUGCUCUUGUUAACACAUUGAAGAAUAUGUAUACAGCUUCCAACUUCUCAAUGGCGUUCCCAUAUAUUUCUGCACCAGAAGAGGAAAGGAUGGAAAACUUAUUGCUUUCAGGGCUUAAAGAAGCUUGUCCUCACAAUGUAGGAGUCAGCAAUAUUGUGUUCUCAGACUCGUGUUCUGUUGAGGAUGGAACAAUUCAGAAACUAUCAAAUGUGCAGUCUUUCAAAGAUCAUUUGGUUGCUAGAAAAGAAACAAGGAAAGAAGGUGAAACCGACUUGGUUGUGCUCUGCUCUGAGGGAUCUGAGUCCUCAAUUCAAUCUGACCAGUCAUAUUCAGAUCGUGAAAUAAUCUCUGAGCUUGUUACUUCAGUGGAACAAUCUGGCACUAAAUACACAGCUCUAUAUGUUUCUGAUCCUUACUGGUACACUUCAUACAAAACUCUCCAGAGGUUUUUAGCUGAAACCGCCACAGGAAACACCACCGAUAAAGCUACUACAACCUGUGAUGAACUUUGCAAAUUUAAGUCAUCUCUCUUGGAGGGUCUCUUAGUGGGAAUCGUUUUCCUUCUCAUCUUGAUAAGUGGACUUUGUUGCAUGGCUGGCAUCGAUACACCGACUAGAUUCGAGACUCCUCAAGAUUGA